UUACCUUUUUUCUAUUUUUCUCUCUCAUCUAUUAAAAACAAUAAAACAUUCGAAGGCCAGAGCUGGAUUAGUGAGAUCCUGAAAGCGAAUCUAAGCGAGAGUUGAUGGUGGAGGAUUGAUAUUGGCUUGAUUGAUAAAUGCGGCGGCGCUUUGAUUUUGAGUUCCAUUGUUAGGGCACGAUUUUCCUCCUAAUCUGUUUCGAGAUGAAUCGAGGUCUUAGGGCUCCGGAGAGGCCCCAAAUUAGGAGUCUAAGAACAUCGAUGGUGAAGGAGAAGGAUGAAGAUCUCGCAUUAUUUCUGGACAUGCGGAAACGGGAGAAAGAACGCGAUGAUGAUCUGUUGCUUCAGAAUACACAACUGCUUGAAGCUCCUCCUUUAGGUGCAGAACAGGGGAGAUCUUCUUCUACACGUGCCCCAGCAAGGAAAAAUUAUUCUGAUGAUUUCUUGAAUUCCGAGAAUGAUAAAAAUGAAUAUGACUGGCUUUUAGCUCUCCCUGGUACUCGUCGUUUGCCUCCAGUGGAGAUGGAAAAACCUAGAACGGUUAUGAAUCAGGUUGGGACAUCAAAAGCUCGCCCUGUGGCCCUGAAAUCCAGAGUAGCAAAUACUCAGUCAGAGGCUUUUGGCAAGAGUAAUUUGGCAUCUAGACAGCCUACUGCAGCUUCUGGCUUGAAUACUAGUUCAAAUUCUACAGGGCUUCGCAGAGCCUCAGCAGCAUCGGCUGGUCCAGGAUCAACAAGACCUUCUACACCAACUAGACGUCCAACAUUAAGUUCAUCACCCAAACCCACUUUGACAUCAUCUAAAACCAUUCCAUCAAGAACAUCGAAACCAACAACGACAACUACUACAUCUAAGCCAGCAAGAUCUUCCACUCCAACCUCCUCCAGGUCAACAACAUUGUCUACAAAUAAGUCUACAGUUCCAGCAAGAUCAUCUACCCCAACCAGACCCAGACCCUCUAUACCUUCAUCUAUGCCCCAAUCGAGGUCAGCAACUCCAACUCGUAGACCAACUGUCACAAAUACAUCUGCCUCUUCUGUUAAGUCUAAUUCAGCUUCUGCACAACCAAGAGCAAGUUCUCCAACUGUGAAACCUAAAUCAUGGAAUCCUUUGGAAAUGCCGGGAUUUUCACUUGAUGCACCACCAAAUUUAAGGACAACCUUACCUGACAGGCCUCUUUCAGCUAGUAGGGGAAGGCCUGGAGCAACAAACUCCUCUCGAUCUUCUUCUGUUGAGCCGCCGAUGGGCAACACUGGAAGGGUCAGAAGACAAUCAUGCUCUCCCUCGAGAGGGCGAGCCCCCAAUGGAGUUAUUCAUGGUAGCGGAAGCUCUGUUCCAGCAAUGAGCCGCUUACAUGCUAAAGCUAAUGACAAUAUCAGUCCUGUUCUGAUGGGAACUAAAAUGGUUGAAAGAAUGAUUAAUAUGCGGAAACUGGCACCACCAAGACAAGAUGAUAAACACUCUCCUUUGAGUAACUUAUCCGGUAAAUCCUCUUCUCCAGAUGGUUCGGGCUUUGGAAGGACAAUUUCUAAGAAAUCAUUGGAUAUGGCUAUCAGACAUAUGGAUAUAAGAAGGACAAUUCCAGGUAGUUUACGGCCAUUGAUGACAAAUAUCCCAGCUUCAUCUAUGUACAGUGUGAGAACAGGCCAUUCCCAGAGCAGAACAGUUAGCGUUUCGGAUUCCCCUCUUGCAACUAGCAGCAGCAAUGGCAGUUCUGAAAUGAGCGUUAACAACUGGUUAUACCCAGAAGGAGGGAAUGAAGUGGAUGAAGGUAUUAGCAGCAGCAGGAAAUGUACUAUUCUGUCCCCAUCGUCCAGUGCACGAGGCAGGUGAUGUGACCAUUUUACCCCUCUUUUGUCUAAUGGCGGAUGUAAUCGCAUUUGUUGUUUAGUUUGGGCGAGGUUGUAAGUACAACGAAUCUUGCUUGCCCGGGAAACCCGAUUGUUGUCUCGGCUUAUUAAUUAUGAUAUACGAUCCAUGUAAAGUCAAUUGGAUUAAUUAAGACAGAUAUAAAGAGCUAUGUGUUUUGGUUAAUUGUUACAUUUUUAGUAGGUAAGUUUAAGUUGCAAUCAAGUAUUUGAUUUUUGCAUGGA